AUGAAGAUUGGUGGUGGAGGACCUAUUCCCAUCUCCAAUGCUGAAUUGAUUGACGAGGUGAAGAGGUUCAAAAGCCGCUUUACCAAGGCUUGGAAGUCCACUGGUCGACCUAUGACUGAGAACAUCUACGAUGGAGAGAUGAACGGUUUUGCCCAUUGCUGUGACAUGAUCUGCCGUGAUCAACGGUCCGUGCAUUCAAAGCGCUUGAUUAUCGACGAGACAGACAAGUCCUGCAAAGGUGUCACUGUCUUCGACCCUUCGCGCAAGGAGCUCAACCUUUACUUCACGAGAAGUCAUUCUCUCCUAGCCAAGCUCCUCAUGCCCAGCGGCAUUGGUCUCAACCAUGAUAUAUCCAAGCACAGAAUCAUAACAAUCGUAGACUCGGAGCACGUCGGCCAGCACCUCCUCAACUACCCCGGUGCCCCAAUCGUCUUUCAAGUCAAAGAUGGCUACGGAAUGGAAAACCACCUCCUCCGCAAAGGCCCCGGCCACACCGCUACCGUGAACGCAUAUAAGAACGGUAAUAAGGGCUCAAUAGGAUCUGGUCUCCUCAAAAUGAUUUGCUUCCAACGCAUCGACUUCUACCUCGAGAAAGACCCCGCCUAUGUCGCAGCAAAGAAGGCCAAUGGCGGCGCAGACCCAUUCUCACCGCUCGGCCAGCCUCACUUUGAACUAUACUUUGUCUCCAUAUUCAUAACAGCCUUCCAAUGGCAUUUCAUGACUCCCAGGAAGGGCCAGCAUACCUGUGUCGUCGUCGAUCUGGCCCGUCCCGUCUCCGAUCCAAGCGAGGUUACCCUGAACAGCGCAAACUCCUGA